AUGGGUGCCGCAGCACAGCCUAAGAGGCUAUCCAUCUAUGCAGUUCAGAGGCCCCGCAAGUCUCGUAGUAAGAACGGAUGCCUGCAGUGCAAAUGUCGUCGGAAGAAAUGCAGCGAAGAAUGGCCGAUAUGCAAGGCCUGUGAAAGAUCAGGACUGCAGUGUACCUGGCCCACUGGUUCGGCGAAGAAAACGUCAGCCAAAACGCUGCGUGACAAAGCUGCGACUGAGAAGAAUCUGUCCACAAUAUCUGUGAAAUCAAGUUCUGGUGGCCACGGGAGUGACUCUGCAGCUGCGCCUGAGGUACAUCCGUCUGAUACAAUCGGAUGGGAUUCUGGAGAUGAAUACUUUGACGAAACCGAGUUCUUGUCCACUACACUGACAGAACUUCGCAAACUGGAGGAGGAUCUCCUACAGUCAUGCAUUCUGCCUGGAUAUGGAAGUCCAACUCCUGGAAGUGCCAUUUCACGCGAAGGCCCUGAUGCCCACAUAUUAUUUGAUCACUUUUGCCAGAAGACAGUCCUAUGGCUCUUGAAUUGCAACGACUAUAACUACAUCAUUGAGAAGCAUAUCAUCCCGCUGGCGACAACGAAUUCGCUGAUUCUACACGCCAUGCUAGCACUGAGCGGUGUGCAUCUGCGCCAUGUAAUGCCUUCUAUCGAGGCAGAGGCACUCAAGUAUUAUACAUCUGCAUUGUGUGAGCUUAACCAAGUCUUAUCGGACCAGCUCCAAUCUCAGAAAAAGGACUACAGGAUCUUACUGACAACCAUGUUUCUCCUGUGUCACUAUGAGAUAGUUGAUGGCGGAACCUACGGGGCUGCUCUGCAGCACGUCAGAGCAUGUCGUGGAUUUGUAUAUGUCGCACUUGAACACGUCCAUGAUCCUGAGCACCAGGAGCUUGCUGUACUGCUGAUCGAGUCAUAUGGCUACUUCUCAUUGAUAGCAAAUUUGAGUGGUUCUGUCAACGAUGAGAACAUCCGUCUCGGGCUCGAAUUCUCCACCUCGGUCAUGCCGUUGAUCAAGGAUUUCCCUAGCUUCGGAUCUAUGUUUGCCUACGAGCCCGAGUAUCUUUGCCUCACCCCUAUCAUCGCCCGAUUAUCCAGACACAGAAAGUCUCGAGCAGCAUUACCACUGGAUCAGUUAUACUCUGCUUUGUUUAACACAUUGCAGAACAGCCUUCACUGGGAAUCGCCCCUUGAUGAUUCAAGCGACGUGGUGGCGGAGAUGGUCACGCACAAAGAAUUGCUCAUCAAAGAUCUCAAGACACAAGCCUUACUAAUAGUCCUAGAAGCAUCCUUUUAUCGGGAAGAUGGGACAUCGGCCGAUUUAGCGACAGUUUUGCAGCCGCUGAUCGAGCAUGCGAUGUUUCUUGUAACUCAUAUCGAAGCAACCGAUGCUGAUUAUGGCUUAUGUUGGCCGUACAUCGUUGUAGGGUCACAUUUGCGGGAUAAACAGGGGCAGAAGAUGAUCAUGCGACGGAUAGAGGAAAUACAGUCUCACAUGCCUAUGCAGAAAUCAAUAGGCGAACUUUUUCGAUCUCUCUGGGAUGAUCCACUCGCAUUUGGAUUGGUGGGCGUGGAGAAAAUUACUAUGUUGCAUGGGGCGAAUUCAUUCAUCUGCUGA